AGACAAUGAAAUCACAUCCAACCUACGAGCUUAUUACAGGUUAAGAGGGUGGCUGCCUCCCCUGCGCCUGAUGCUCAGCGAUUGUGCCCAAGAACUCCCCGAUUUCAACCCUCAAGAUCGAUUGAAGCCCCUGCGAUCCUCGGCAUCUGGAUUUUUUUCUGCGACUGCGAUUCUCUCCAUCUGAUUACCUCCGAUCCUUUCCAGCGAGGGUUUUUCACCUAAGAUGGGGCUCCUCAGCAUCAUUCGGAAGAUCAAGAGGAAAGAAAAAGAAAUGCGCAUUCUUAUGGUUGGACUUGAUAAUUCGGGGAAGACAACAAUCGUAUUGAAAAUCAAUGGCGAAGACACCAGUGUUAUCAGCCCUACUCUUGGCUUCAAUAUCAAAACCAUGACCUAUGAUAAGUAUACCCUUAACAUAUGGGAUGUUGGAGGUCAAAAGACAAUAAGAUCUUACUGGAGAAAUUACUUUGAGCAGACUGAUGGAUUGGUUUGGGUUGUAGACAGUUCGGAUCUUAGAAGGCUGGAUGAUUGUAAAUUUGAGCUGGAUAAUCUCUUAAAGGAAGAGAGGUUAUCAGGAGCUUCAUUACUUGUGUUUGCUAAUAAGCAAGAUAUUCAGGGUGCUCUUUCACCCAAUGAAAUAGCUAAAGUAUUGAAUUUGGAUGCAAUGGAUAAAACUAGGCAUUGGAGGAUUGUUGGGUGCAGUGCUUACACAGGAGAGGGAUUGUUGGAGGGAUUUGAUUGGUUGGUUCAAGACAUUGCUUCACGUAUUUAUGUUCUUGAUUAGUGGAAAACUUUGAAAUGAAAUUUGGAAUUUAUGUGGAGUAUGAUUAGGGUUUUUAGCUUUGCUCAAAUUGUUGAACAUUAAUGCAAAUCUUGUAAUCAUGAAAUAUGGAGGAAUCUUGAAAGUUUAUUACAAAUGGUGCAACUUGUGUAAA